UUUUUCCCGACGUCAUAUAAACGUGCGGAGGAUGUUCCUGUAGCUGCGUCUCCACGGUCCGCUCAGCUCCACACAGCCGGGGAAAAGAACAGUCAGCUUUAUUCCGAGUCUGAAGAGGCUUUUGGGCUUUGAGGUUCGAUUCCCGCUCAGGAUGUUUCGGAGCGUCCUCCUCGCCCUGCUCGGGGUGCUGGGCGCCGGGCUGGUUCUCGGUUCCCCCUUCCCGGACUCGGAGGCUGGCCAGGGGAAGAACUGGGCCGUGGUCGUGGCUGGAUCCAACGGAUGGUACAACUACAGACACCAGGCUGAUGCCUGCCAUGCCUACCAGAUCCUGCACAAGAACGGCAUCCCCGAUGAGCAGAUCGUGGUCAUGAUGUAUGAUGAUCUGGCCAAAAGUCCAGAUAAUCCAACUCCAGACAUCGUGAUCAACAGGCCCAACGGCUCUGACGUGUACAAGGGCGUGGUGAAAGACUACACCGGAGACGAUGUGACUCCAGAAAACUUCCUGGCGGUGCUGAAGGGAGACUCCGCCGCGGUGAAAGGCGGCUCCGGGAAGGUGCUGCAGAGCGGCCCCAACGACCAUGUGUUCGUGUACUUCACCGAUCACGGCGCGCCUGGCAUUCUGGCUUUCCCCAACGAUGAUCUGAGUGUCAAAGACCUUCAGGACGCCAUCACAUACAUGCACGACAACAAGAAAUACAAAAAGAUGGUGUUCUACAUCGAGGCGUGUGAAUCUGGGUCAAUGAUGAAGCAACUGCCCGACGACAUUGACGUUUUUGCCACGACGGCAGCAAACGAUCACGAGUCGUCGUACGCCUGCUACUACGACGAGGAGAGGGACACCUACCUGGGCGACUGGUACAGCGUCAACUGGAUGGAGGACUCCGACGUGGAGGACCUGAGUAAAGAAACUCUGAUGAAGCAGUUCAAGAUUGUGAAGAGCCACACCAACACCAGCCACGUGCAGCAGUACGGGAACAAGACGAUGGGCCGCAUGAAGGUCAAAGCGUUCCAGGGGAACGGCAUGACGGACGCGCCGCCUCCUCCUCCAGAGACACUGCUCCCGGUGAAGAGUCUGGAUCUGGUCCCGAGCCCCGACGUCUACCUGGCCACCCUCAAGAGGAAGCUGAUGAAGACCAACGACCUCUACGAGGGGAGGCGCCUGCUGAUGAAGAUCAAAUCCCACUACCAGAUCCGGGAGACGAUCGCCGACAGCAUGCGCUACAUCGUCCAGGCGGUGACCGGCGACAAGCUCACCACCCAGCAGGUGCUGGAGGAGAGGGCCGACCUGACGCAGCACCACUGCUACAUGGCGGCGGUCAACCGCUUCAAACAAAGCUGCUUCAACUGGCACAAGUUCGAGUACGAGCACGCCCUCAGACAUCUGUACGCUCUGGUCAACCUGUGUGAGAGGGGAUACUCUGCAGACAGCAUCCUGCAGGCCAUGGACUCAGUGUGUCACUACUGAAAGGUCGUCUCCAGACACACCGAGGCCUCGGAGGAGAGCCGUGAACCAGGAGCUUCACUUUGCACCACUUAGCAAUCAAUCAGCCUGACCCUUGUUUUGCAAACACGUUUUAACACUUAUUUUUUUUUAACCCGUUUGCUGAUUUCACUGAGAAUUUUUAAACUCAAUGAGUUGCACUAUCACUGUAAAGACUUUGUGGAUGAAGUUUUACUGCUUCUGAUUGUAUUUUUUUAGAACAAUAUUACAAUGAUAACUUGGACUAAUGUGAAUUUGUUUUGCUCUGAGCUUUAAUUGAGUGCCUGGUACGAAUGAUUGAUUUGUAAAGGACGAAUUGUGGAUCAGUGAAUGUUGGUUGGGUCUGGUCAAACUUGGAUUUCAUGCAGGGAUCUUGAAAUAAAAACUGGACAGACUGUGUCACAUGGCA